AGCGUAUAUAAACCUCUCACAGCUUCAUGAUGGUAUCAGAUCUACUCCUUCAACAUUAUGGCUGGUUUCCUCACCUCUGGGGCUGUGCUCCUUGUUGUGCUGAUUGCUUCAAGCUAUGGCUACCCUUCAAAAAUGGCUCUAGCUCCAGCACCAGCACCAGCUGCUCCUGAAGUAGUUGUUCAACCUCAACCUGCUACAUAUUCAGUCCAACCAGUGGCAGUUUCUCAAGGCACUAACAUUCCUGCAGCAUCAGGCUACAUCAGAAGCGCUCCAGGUGGUUUCCAACAUGCCUCUGACCAAGAAGUUGCCUGGGAAGUUCAACCCCUCAGUCUUCUUACUGGUGUAAGCCCUGCUGCUGCUGUUGACGCUGAGCCUCUUGGCCUCGGCUAUGGGAAUCAGCCACAGUACAAUGGAGGUGACCUGUCCCAGUACGGGGGGAGCUAUGAGCAUGGAAACUCUGAAUCUGAAACCCAUGGACUAGGUUACCAGUCCCAGUCUCUUGAUGUCCAAGCUCCAGCUGAAGUGCAAAUCAGUGAAGCUCAGCCAUUAGGCCUUAGCAGCUUUGGAAGUUGGCCCUCAUUCUCAUACCUGUACGACUACAUGUUUAUGACCGGCCAGUAUCCUCCAGGCACCCUCACCCACUCCAGCGAAAGCUUUGAGCAGGGAGCAGACCACUGGCAAGAUGCCCACUACCAGAGGUACUACAUCCCUAGCUACACUAUUACUGAGCUCCAGCCUGCCCCUGUUCAACAGGCUCCCAAGGGAAAAAUGCCAAGCCAACCUGUGAAGCAAACUGUUGGCAAGGGUGGAUACUGAAAAUCUGACUGAGGCCCUUGUUUCUGAUCCAAUAAAGAUCUUAAAACUCA